AUGUUUACUCACCCUGGUGCAUCCUUCAUGGAGAGGAAUUCAAUUACUAAAUCUGGGAUCCCUGAUGAGGCCGAACCAUCCCGUAACAUUAAUCUUCUAGACCCUACCGUACAAACGCAGGCGUUUUUCAAUGAAGGGUUUAUCGAUGGGGAGCCUAACAACACGUUGGUAAACGCCAAAUCUUAUUGCUUUUCUGGCUUCCCGCUGACGGUGACUGAUAGAUGGGCCACCUUAAGUGGCGAAAACCAAUUUCCACCACACACUACAGUUUCCGACCCCAGAUCUAGCCAUUAUGGCCAGUACCCUGAUAUUGACACCGUCCCAGAGUUUGAUAGCACGGACAAUAUCCUAUGCGAUGAUUCGACUUUGAGUUUCGGUGCUGGAUAUGAGGCACCCUCUAAUGUUUCAACAAGUUCACUGGACUCCCUCGCGACGUCCGCCUCUGCGUAUGCUCGAAGGCGGAGAAAACGACAACAUGGGACUUGGAGACCUAUAGGCUCGCAACAUACCACCGAUGCGAGAAGAUACCAAUGUACCUUUUGCACAGAUACCUUCAAGACGAAGUAUGACUGGCGGAGACAUGAAAUCACACUACACUUGAGUCUCGAACAGUGGCAAUGUGCAAGAUUCGGCCCUGUCAUACAGCACACAGAUGGAACGAUACACUGCCUUUGCAAGAGCGUCUCUUCCGGCGUAAAGAUCAUUUACGUCAACAUCUACGACUUUUUCACAAUGAUUCCGAUUUUCAUGAGCAUAUGGAAAAGUUGGGAAGAGCGGCAGAAGCACCUGGCAUCCCAUUUCAAGAGAGGCGCUGACAUGAAGGAUUGGAAAGGGGACCGGGGGUUUGACCGACAAAUUGAUAACCUUGUGGAGAACGACAUUCCUGCAUUCAUGAUUGGAGACCAACGUAACACUGUUGAACCUUUCUCGGCGUCGCAAGCAGAUCAUCGAGCCGAGCCCCCAAACCCAAUAUUUCCUGGUGAAUCAUCGGUCACUGAGUUGACUGAACGCCGGAUGCUGGAUACCGCGAGAGGCUUCGGCGAAGUAACGAUUCAGUCGCCACACUCGCAAGGCGACAUCAAACGUGUUCUCCUUGCUUAUGUAUCCGAAGAAAUACGGCAAGGUCGUGUUCCAUCUGACAGGCAGCUGCAAAGGAAAAUGAGCGAAAUAAUGUAUGGACCAGACGGCGAAUGGGAUCAAACUUGGGCAGACAACCCUCAAUGGCUCGACCUAUUUCGAAAGCAGGCAGGCUUGAUUAGUCUACCCCUUACUGGUGGCAAAAAUGCGUUUAUUGGAAUAGACGCGGAUUGA